ACAGAAGAUCGCACACAUUCGUAGUUCACAAACCAGUGUUUCUCAAGUCCAAACUAUAAGUAGCCGAGCUAACACAGAACCGGUGAGAGACGCCGUAAAACGUGCUAAUUCGGGUCCUUCCAUCUGCAGCAUUGAACCAUUGAAUCAAUCAUUGCCUUCCAGUCCCAUUUGUAAUGCUCUAAAGCGUUUCAAGUUUAGCGUCGCCUACUUUCGCAUACGUCGCUCUUUACUUUUCCAACCACGACCAGCAUGCGUCGCAUGUCCUCUGUCUUUGCGAGACGUGCUGACAAGCCUGACGCACCGUCAUCUAACGACAACGGCCCUCUCCCACAAGAGGCUGCAAAACGGAAGGGUAGCCUGAGAAUGUUCAACUCGCUUUCUCGAAAAGCGGUCCCUCAACAGCUUUUCGCUAGCGGUUCCUCCUCCUCAGCAUCCUCCGGCUCUGCAGAGCUGCGUACUCCUGACGAUGAAGAGUCACCCCGCACGCGCAUGCUCAGCCAGAAGGAUGAAGGAGAUACGAAAGCAGCUUGGGUGCCGCCUUUUCCGACGGCAGGGAUCGCAUUACGUCCUCCACCGACACCGACGUCGAACGAGACGGAUGAUGCGUCAUCAGAAUCUGAAGAUGAAGCAGAUCGUCUUCAGGAUCCUCCCACCCAGAACUUGGCGCAUUCUAAUACCCAGGCACGACAUAGUAUGAGAGUAAUUAUUCUCAACAGCUCUGCUGACGGUGAUCGUCCUUCUUGCCCUCCUCUUUUGGAUAUUCCCCACAACACACCGUUCCCCCGCUCCUGUCUUCGUGUGGGACAUGUUCGUCGCCGAGACACCCUGGAAUCUAAGAUGCACAAAGCAGUGCUCCUGAGCACGCUGGAGUCCCUUUCACCUUCAGAGGAACGCAGUCUAGCGCCUCUUUGCAGUCGAUCCGUGACUCGGGUGAAAGAAGCACCGGCGUACGAUCCCGAUAUCGACACAUGGCCGAAGGCACAGUCUUUAAGGAGCAAUAGCGAAGGUCUCGGCAAUUGGGUGGCUCGCCCUUGUUACGAAGAUCGAGUUCUUGUUUGGACUCGCCAGGAACCUUCUGGUCAAAUCGUCACUGGAUCACAGCUUGGUGUCGCGGCUCUCGAAUUUUCGGAGCCGUUACAAAUACUGGCCGGCUUGCUGUCCGACAUUGAUGAUGGCUUCGAUCCAGCUGCAGAGCCUCAGCCUGAGCCGUCUCAAUCUGCCUCUGGAGCUGCCGCAGUCGCAUCGCCAUCGACGGAAAAACUCAGCCCCUCCGUUGCCGUCGCAGACUUUGAAUUCUCGCCCCUCACGCUUGCAGUUGACUCACCAGACGAAUCUAAAAAAGAAAUCAGCAGACUCAAAGCAGAGCCUACCCCCACGCCCGCUGUCAAACGAGGUGUUAGGUUCGCGGAAGGUGGCAAAGACGAUCAAAUUCCCUUGGGCUAUGUCCUACGUAUCAAGAAAAAGCGUGAAGAGAAAGCAAGGUUUCUUCGCGAAGAGCGUGAGAAGCGAGAAUUGGAAGAGGGACGGCGCGCACGGGAUGACAGGCGCAUGUGGGAGGAAGAACGCCGGUUGCGGGAAGCACAACUGAGAGAGCAGGAAGAGGAGCGCAAGGCUCGUGAACUCCACAGGAAGAAAAUAGAGGAAGAAAGACGACAUCAAAAUUACGCCUCGGAGUUGCAGGCUUCGCGGACCCGCCGAGAAGCCUCUAGAGCUGGUCAUAUCUCCUCAUCCUCCCUGGUUCGGGACAUAGAACGUGACAGAUCUGCAUCCCGUGACGCUCAUCCGUCUGGGUUACCAUCAACGCGCCAACGGACAACAGAUCUCAAGGUCUCUUCUGCGAAUCUCUCGCCUUACGACGGUUCUCCUACCAGUUCGAUGCCUGCUACCCCCGGGAGCCAGCAUAGCUUCUCAAGGCCUCCAUCCGUCUACUCAACUUACACAUCAUCAGACGAUGCAAGAGGUCGGGAUGGGCGACAUAUUAGCAAACACACCUCUGUUGCAUAUGACCCGUCAAAACAAUUCUCGUUGCCGUUGUCGAAUCCUCGCGCGUCACUUCUACCAUACAACCCUUGGGGCAACAUGCCGGUUCCGCCUUUUCCCAUUCCACCAGUCUCACCGCUUCCCGUCGCUCCCAUGAUGGCUAUGCCAUUCUAUUCCUUGGACCCUUUACUUCCCCCUUCCCCUCCUUUCAUGAUGAACCAGUUUGGCAUGACGAACCAGUUCGGAAUGCAACCGUACUCAAACUACUCUUCCUAUGGUCAAGUUCCCUCGUCUCCACGACAAAACAGCUUUUCAAACCACAGCGCAGAAGGCGUCCGCCAUACAUCUCGCGCUGCUCCUAAUUCUCCCGGACACUUUUCCAACCACCAACGGCGUGCCAGCGAUGACACACGCGGACACCCGAGUAGCAGUAAUGUCACAGCUGAUCGGAAGUACGGAAGCCAAACAGACCUGCGGGACAAAAGGUCUCCUCAAGCUGCACACCUUUCCCGUAGCAGUGGCCUUCAUCGUUCGCAUGAGCCACCUGCAUUAGUGCACGCCUAUACUGCACCUGGAAGGUCAGUUUCGACAUCCCAAACCCGCUCGAUGCCAAGUCGGCAUCAGAGUGCAUACCCAUAGUAUAGACAUCUAAUCUGGGACUCUUAAUACCACAUCCGGACCCUAUCUCUGGUGUCACGCUCAUUUACAUUCACUCAUGAACACCCAUCUUACACAUCGGAAAUCAUCACAACACAGUUCUAUUGUUUAGGUUCAAUCGUACUCUUAUGCCCACUGUUCGAGCGCAUCGUAUCAUUAUUAAUCUUCUAGCAUUCACUCCACGUGCAUACGUUGUUGAUAUGUCCUUGGCCGUGUCCAACUUCAUGUUUUCACUUUAUCUAAUUUCAUGUACAAUGCAUAGUACUUAGGAAAUGCUUGCCAUUAUAACGAGUGCGAUACAUAAACUUAAAUGCCUUCAAAGUCGACA